AUGGACAAUGAAGACGUCCCGGAGUUCCUGAGCCCCAAGGAGGAAAUUUUGUAUUGGAAGAAGCUGUCACAGACGUAUAAACAGAGUUUUCAGGAAGCACGCGACGAGUUAGUGGAGUUUCAGGAAGGGAGCAGAGAAUUGGAAGCCGAGCUGGAGACUCAACUGGUGCAAGCAGAGCAAAGGAACCGCGAUUUGCUAGCGGACAACCAAAGGCUGAAAUAUGAAGUGGAAAGUUUGAAAGAGAAGCUGGAGCAUCAGUACUCGCAGAGCUACAAGCAGGUGUCCCUCCUGGAGGACGAGCUGAGCCGCGCUCGAAAUAUCAAGGACCAGCUUCACAAAUAUGUGAGGGAGCUGGAGCAGGCCAACGAUGACCUGGAAAGAGCCAAACGGGCGACAAUCGUGUCUCUGGAAGACUUUGAGCAGAGGCUAAACCAGGCCAUCGAAAGGAACGCGUUCUUGGAGAGCGAGCUUGACGAAAAAGAGUCUUUGUUGGUGUCUGUACAGAGAUUAAAGGACGAGGCGCGAGAUUUAAGGCAAGAAUUAGCUGUACGUGAAAGACAGACGGACGGGAGAAAAUCUGCUCCGAGUUCUCCGACUUUGGAUUGUGAGAAGACCGACUCGGCCGUCCAGGCGUCCCUGUCUUUACCCGCCACGCCCGUGGGCAAAAUCUCAGACAACAGUUUUACCUCUCCGAAAGGUAUACCUAACGGAUUUGGUACCACCCCCCUGACUCCGUCCGCCAGGAUAUCUGCACUUAACAUUGUGGGGGAUCUCUUGAGAAAAGUUGGUGCCUUAGAAUCCAAGCUUGCUGCAUGCAGGAACUUUGCCAAGGACCAGGCCUCCCGCAAGUCCUACGUCCCAGGGAGCCUGAACAGCGGUAGUAGCAGCACAAGCAGCAUAGUAAACAGUGGAACAAAGUACUCCCACCCCGGGCACACAACCUUCUUCGAUAAAGGGGCAAUGAAUGGCUACGAACCUCCUGGCAUUCAUGGAUCGCGGCCUCCGUCCCCGCCCGGGAUGCUCCCGCUCAGUGUAUGA